AUGUCCGCCCAAGCCUCUGCCAUCUCUCUCCCGAUCCAAGAUCGAGAGCGCUUGAUACAGGCUGCCAUCGAAGCGAAAGAAGGUUCCUACAGCCCAUACUCCAAGUUCCGUGUCGGUGCUGCUCUGUUGGCCGUCGAUGGAAGCAUUGUCAAAGGCGCCAAUAUCGAGAAUGCGUCUUACGGAGGAACGAUAUGCGCAGAACGUACGGCGCUUGUCAAAGCUGUUAGCGAAGGCACUCGUUCAUUCAUCGCCCUUGCCGUCACAAGCGACGUAGCUCAAGCUAUUUCUCCCUGUGGAAUCUGUCGUCAAGUCAUCCGCGAAUUCUGUGCACUCCGUAUGCCCGUCUUACUCGUCCCAUCGGAUUAUGGCUUCAACGCUGCUGCGGAAUUGAAAGAGACGACUGUGGAGGCACUGUUACCAGAUAGCUUUGGGCCUGAACAUUUGGAAUUGCCGAGACCUGGAGGUGGCACGGCAUGAAAGCAGGGCCUGGAAUCGCUUGAGUCGAAAGAAUGACAGGUGUCAUCUGUACUUAUAGACGAGUAUUGAUGUAUGGAAUGGGAUGUGUGCAUCCAUAAGAAGCUCUUAAC